CUUUUCAUCAGCUGUUCAUCCUGCCAGGCGUGAGAAAACUGUUUCAAUUAUUUUCUUGCUAAAGCUGUGAGACAUUGAUGCGCAAUGUACAGUAAGACAAAUAUAUGACUGCGUUAGAGCAUUAGAAAGAUUUACAAGAAAUGUCCAGUUCACUGGAGAGGGUGGUAGCCCAGAAGAAAGAGGCCAUUGAAGCACUAAUGGAGAUGUUUGAAAGGGGAGCUGAGGUUCUGGCCAGUGCUGUCGGAGAGCUGUGUCCUCUUUUUGAAGUUGCUGCCCCAGUUUUGAGGUUGGUCCUGGAAAAUGUGGAAAGCAAGGAGGUCAUUUAUGUGAAAGAUCAGUUUCUAGCUGUCAGGAGCAAACUGGAUGUGAUCUCGUCGCAGUUAACAGACAUCGAUUGUGAGAUUAGGAGGAGACGUUUGGAUUCCCAGUACUUCUCUGUGGAGGAAAAUCUGCGGAACCAAUUCAGAAAAUACAUAGACAUUCUGGAAGCCAAACCCGAGUACAAAGAAGUCAAAAAACGCUUGUUCUUGGAGCAUUUCUUAAUAACAGGAGGAGAGAAAAACCUCUGUGUGCUUCAUGAUGCUUUGAUGGGAAACGGCACAUUUGGGGAGCCGAUUCUGGAUGUUGUGGAAGAAUACGAGGCUAGAAACAGAAGGGUGCUGGAAGACUUCUGUGUUAGGCUGAAGGAGCUUCUCUGCCUGGGAAUAAUCGCUUUACUGGGAUAUUACUUUCUUUCUCAGGGUGAAGAGGUGGAGCAGGAGAAGGUUCGAGAGUGGAGCAGGAAGAUCCAAGAAAUUGAGAUGAAGAUGAAGGAGACCAUCGAGAGAUGUGUGAAUUUAUUUCCAGAGCAAGCUGAACUGGACAUCAAGAGACUUGUGAAGGAGAGAGAAGAUGCAAACCUCCAGGAUUUGCUUAAAGAGCUUCUGGAUUUCCUGGUGAAGAAGUACGACUGGGUCAGCUGGUCCAUCAGAGUCAUUACUAAAGAGAGUAAAUUUAGCAACCUGAGAGCCGGACAAAACUUCCAGUGUGUGGCCGGACAGAAAUAUUUUGAAGUUUCUCAAGGAAGUGACACCAACCUGGUGGUCUCCUACUGCAGCGACCCACAGCCUGUACCUGAUGAAAACAUUAAACAGAUGAUGGAAGGUCCUGUGAAGAAAGGCGAUCCCAAAACUGCAGUGGAGCUUCUGGAGAAGCAGUUAUCUGGGUUUUUGGUUCAUGCCAUCAGUCGUCACAAAGAGAGCUUUGCUGUGUCGAGUUUUCCUGAAGAAUGUCACUACUGGGAAAAACAUAAGAAUGUAAAUCUGUGUGUGCAUUCAGAAUAAAUGCAUACAAUUAUUAUUCAAUUAUAAAAACAUGUUUAAUGCAAAUACAACUACUCUUAAAAAAAAAAAAAAUGCAUGCAUUGCUUUUUGUUGUAAAGUCCAUGAACUAAAAUGGCAAGAUUAGUUAAGUAGUAAAUAACAAUGCUAAUUGUUUUACAUUAUAGAAAUAAAAAAUACUGUCAAAGAAGAGUACUUUUCCAUUUAGCCUGUAUGAUAACCUGCUUUAGCUUAACCAGAACUGACAGAAUCUGUUCCCCAUCAGCCAUAUAAAACCCCCACGGGUUCUCAGGAAACUAAUGCAGUCAAAGAGCCCAUCUUGAUGCUAAACCAAAACAUACCCUUAUUCGUGUCAGUUCAAUUCAUGUCAGUUCAAAGUUCAAUGUGGCCAAGAAUAAUUCAGCUACAAAGUGGUUUACCGGUUUAGUGUCGUUUAAAGAUUACAACCAUUAUUUUAUCUAAUAUUUGUUUCCUGUUUGUAAGAUAUGUUUCACAUUAACAUGACUCACAAGCAAUUGUUGACAUUUAUUGCUAUUAAACUCGCUGAAGUGGACACAUAUAGCACUUAAAGUCUGGUCUAAUUAAAUUACUGUAUUUGUACGAUGCUCAGCGUUUUCUGUCCAGGGUCUGCCGUGAUAGAUGGUGAGUACCGUUUUGCUCUGUUAAUAGUGCACUGUGAUCAGCUCUUUAGCUCUUCAGAUUCAGUUUGGUCAACAAAUCGUCAUUUUGCUCACAAAAGGAUCUUAUGUUACAGUAUGUGGUUUUGCCGAAAUAACUAAUGAUCUCAUUAUGAACUCAUUAACCUGCUUUGACAGAUUUUGAAGUUGACAUUUUCUUUUUGGAGAAAAAAUCAAAAUGGACUACAUUUUAAUAAAUGGUUUUGGACUUAU